GCUACAGCCACAUGUAGCUGCAAAGAGUACGAAACAGUAACUGUCACUCAGUUGUCAGUGUCAAGACGAAAGCCUUUGUCGUGCUGAAAACCGGCACCAGAUCAUCUCGUCAAGAAGCGAAGUAACUUAGUUUGUUGAAGCAUCCUCUAGCUCGAAUGAAUGGGUGAUUAUUUCAUUGCUGAUACUGGUAGUGUGUGCAGAAGGAGGGGGAAAUAAUAGAUUUCUGGAGGAAAGCCCGAUAAUAAUUACAGCCUGUUUACUAUUUUGAUUUGAUUGAUUUGAACGCACUCUGCUGAGUGUUUCGACUAAUUUGCGAAAUGCCAAGUCUUGCUCCGGAAAUUGAUAAAGCGAUAUCAGGGCCACCAGUGGCAGCGGAGUUCAACACAACGUAUCAUCACCUUGCUGGGCUGAUCAAGCAACUCACCACGCAACCUGAGCGCCAGAAAGCUGUGCACCACAUCCUGAUACAGCUGUGCCAGAAGGCAGAUUCUGUGAUACUGAAUUGCAUAGAGCUGAUUCGAUACAUUCUUGUGGUGUGCGAUACCAAAGUCUACCAGGAGUUAUGCUGCGAGGAAUUUAUUCUCAUUGCCCAACACAUCCUGUUGAAGAAUAAAGCUGCAGCAGCGGCAGUCAAGGAAAGCUUCAAGGAGCUCCUUCAGCAGUGCUUGAUUGCUUUUUGCAAUGAAGCUUAUUAUGGCACGUUCUACGAGUUCUACCUUUUGUUGAAGAAACGUGGAGUCCGAUUUCACCCACACGAUGCUGAUCAGGUAUUGGCGAGCAUGAAACCCUCUGCUGCGUUAGCGAAGGCUACUGAACGUUCCAAGCGCAGGGGGCAGACUGCAAAGCCAAUGAAGAAGGUGACCUUCUCGCCAGACCCGCCUCAGCAGCAUUCCUUGUCUCCGAAAACUAAAGAAGAAGUAGACUUGAUGAAAGCCAUUCAGCUGUCCUUGAAGGACAUUGGCCGACAAGAGGCUGAGCCCAAACCGGGCCGAUCUUGUCUUGCGGGUAGUAAAAGGAAGGGAAAGAAGAAGGUGUACCCCAAUCUGGCUGAUGCGGCUAGCAGUGCGCUUGCUUCUGCUGCCGCGCCGACCGCAAGCCCUGGUGUCGCAUCAUCCACGGCAGUGCGUCAGGUACGCGCACAGUAUGACUUUGAGGCUGUUGAAAGCAACGAACUCUCGUUCAAAGCUGGUGAGCUGAUCAACAUUGUUGAUGACAGUGAUGAUGUCUGGUGGAAGGGAACCACUCUCGCUGGUACCGGCUUGUUCCCAGCUAACUUUGUGACCAGGAAUCUAAAAGCAUCUCCUGAACAAAACUCAACACAAAGUUCUCAAGCUGGUGCUUCCGGUAGCAGUGGCAGAUAUGAGUCUUCGAAGCCCAAUAUCAAUGAGGAAAAGGUUGACCUGCUGCUUGAGAUGUUGCGUAAUGCCGAUGCCACCAUAGAAAAUGAACAAGAAGACAAGACGAUCAAGGAGAUGGAAGAUGAGUGUAUGAGUAUGAAGCCACUUAUUACCGGAAAGAUUGAUGCGAUUGACGCGAAGCGCAAUGAGCUGCAGCAGCUGAAUCAGAAGUUUCAAGCAGCUCUCUCGAUGUACCAACAGUAUAUGCAGGAGGUUGUACAGCCAGGCACAACUGAUCAAGCACAACCUGCUGCGCCGUCUGCAAUACCGGCCAGCGAUCACCAGCCGCAGCCACAGCAGCAGCGGCAUGCCCAUGCCAUGCCUGCCGGCAUUGUAGCCCAAUCACAGCCUAAACCAGUGCAGAGUUGGACUGCUAACUCCGCUGGAGCUGCUGGUCGGAAUGUUCCCGGUGUUGCGCACACUAGUCCACAACAGCGGCAGCGACAACAACAACAACAACAACAACAACAACAAAAACAACAACAACAACAACAUCAUCAUCAGCAGCAGCAGCUGCAACCCCUGUCAUUAGUAGGAACAUCAGUGCCAGUAGGGGUAAGGGGUGCAUUGGUACCCGCUCCACCAGUCAUACCAGUUUCACAAUCCCAGGCAAGCAAUCCUCCAGCUGCUAGCCUGCAGCAACAGCUAACAGCACUGGCAGCACCAGCACCAGCAGCAGCAGCAGCAGCUACUUUGCCAUAUCAACCAGUCGCGUAUAUUUCUAGUCCAAUACUGUUGCAGCAUCAAGCACUUCCAGCACAACAGCCGUACGGGCAUCCGCAGGAACAGCAACAGCAAAAAUACCAGCAGCACAAUCCGAUCCCGGCUCAACCAGCCAUGUACUCCCAGCAGCUAGUGGGAAGUGGAGUGGCGGCAGUGACUGCACAGCCAGUAUCCUCACCCCAAGUUGCUCAUCUUCAUCAUCAGCAGCAGCACAUACAGCCAGUCUUACAUCAGCAACUACCAUGCCAGCCCCAUGCUCUAUCAACUCAACAACAGCAGCCGCUUCAGCAACAACCACAACUACCGCAGCAGCCACAACAACAGCAGCAUCUCAUCACUCAUUUUGCCACAGCAGCUGCAGCCGAACAAGCCAGCAGUGUGGUAAAUCAUCAAUUUCAGCCACAGCCAUCAGGUGGGUUUCUACCACCACACCAUCAGCAGCAGUAGCAAGGCUAUUCUGCACAACAACUUUGGUGCCCUGUAUAUUUUUUAAUCUAAAAAGAUGUGUUCUUGGCCCGUGCAUGCUUUUACGCUUUAUUGCUGGAAUUAGCACUCUCAGUGCCAACACGUGGUAUUCAGUCUUCAGUGAGUUACAAUGUACAUGCAGUGCAUCCGGCGUUACGUCUUUCUAGUAGUUUCUUAUGUGCUGCUUGCUGGUACCAGCAUCGCUGAUGGCGUGUGCCUGAGCUGUCGGUGAAUUAUCAUUGCCGUGAGAACAGCUUAGACAAAAACAGGGUGGCACUGUCUUUAAAAAAAAAGUGUUUUUAACUCAAUCUACAAACUACAUGUUCCGCUUUAUCAGCAGCACGAUGGUAUGUCAUUGUACAAUGUACAUGUACAUGACUUACGUUACUGCGAACGAGUCGGAGGUUCUAAACUAACUUGUCUGUUUAUAUCUGCUUGCAUCAUCUUUUGUCUGUAAACCGUUUCUAUCCCCGCUACAGAAUUAUUUGCGGCACAUACCUCUUCUUUAAGUUUAAUUAACGUUAUACGUUUAUGCCCCUCAUGCUACUCUUUUGGGUGCUCAACAAGUGGUGUCCCAUUUCCAUGAUUUAGGUUAGGCGUAGUCAGUCACCUGGUCACUUGCCAGCUUCCCCUCACACGGACUCUGACAUAACCACCGCGAGGACCUGUUUUAUACCGGGAGUCACACACUGCUUCACCACAGACUACUCGUACAGUUUUAAAAUCCUUUUCAUCCUUUAUGUUUUUUUGUUUCUCAGAGGAACGACGUCUCGCACCGUGUUGUGAAACAUGCACAUGCAUUCAUCGUGGACUAGAAAUAUGAUUGCUAUGUAGCGUCCGCACUGCCGCAACCUAACUCAUUUCAAGGCGUGAAUGUACAAGUCUCCGUUGGCAUUGCA